GUAGCUUGCACUCACUGAAUGUAAUAGAAAGGGGAGGAGAGAGGGGCAGAGCCAUGCCCUUCCCAGCAUGGUCAGGAAAAAGCAAAGUGUAGUAAGCCUCUCCUAACACUCCAACAGAACCUCCUGUGUGAUGUGACUCUAGAUGACUUCUUAAGAACCUGUUCCUCCAACCCAUUGCAUUCCCCUUUUCACAACUUGUAGUGAGUGCUUCAUUUCUGAAAGUUAACUUUGUCCUGGUUGCAAGACAGCAAGAGCAUGGCUGCUGCUGAGGAUCACUUCCAGGACCUCUGCGAGGAGGCUCUGUGCACCAUCUGCCUGGAGUAUUUGCAAAACCCUGUGACCAUUGAAUGUGGGCACAAUUUCUGCCACGACUGCCUGACCCAGUUCUGGAGGCAGCUGAAGGACGAGGCCACCUGCCCUCAAUGUAGAGUAGCCAUCCAGCAAAGGAAUGUCAUCCCCAAUUGGCAGCUGGCUAGGUUUGUAGAAAUCACCCAGAAACUCAGCCGCCAAACGAGGAAGAGGAAGGGAGAUUGUGAUAAGCACCAGGAGCCCCUGAAGCUCUUUUGCAAGGAGGAUAAGACCUCCAUCUGCGUGGUGUGCGACAGGUCCAAGGAGCACCGAGAUCACCAGGUGGUUCCUGUGGAAGAGGUUUCUCAAGAGUACAAAGAUUUAAUCAGUAGUUCUCUGGAGGUUCUGAAGAAAGAAAGAGAAAAAUGUCUAACUUACAAAUCCGAAACAGAAAAUGAAAGCCAAGACUUAUUAAAACAAACAGAAGCAGAGAUGGAAAAGGCAGUGGCUGAAUUUAGACAAUUACAUCAGUUUCUGGAAGAGCAAGAAAAGCUUCUGCUGUCCCGGAUGGAAGAGGUGAAGAAGGAAGUUUCAAAGAAAAGAGAUGAAUAUCUGGCCAGGCUAUCUGGGGAACUCUCUUCUCUUGAAAGUCUUAUCCAGGAAAUGGAGGAGAAGAAGCAACAGCCGGCAAGUGAACUCCUGCAGGAUGUGAAAGCUAUCUUGCAGAGGAGUGAGGAGAAGGUGUCAUUUGAGAAUCCACUGGCUUUUUCUGUAGAACUGAGGUGGAAACUCUGGGACAUUUGUGAUAUAAAUCCUCUUUUAGUUAGUGUUAUGAAGCAAUUCAAAGAUGCUCUGAUACCUGGACUACAGCUGCAGAAAGCAAAUGUAACUCUGGAUCCAGACACAGCUCAUCCCAAACUGAUCCUAUCUCGGGAUAAGAAAAGUGUAGCAUGUGGAGCCCAAUAUCGAGAUCUGCCUGACAAUCUGGAGAGGUUCAACAAAGCUGUUUGUGUGCUGGGAUGUGAAGAAUUCACUGCAGGCAGAUAUUUCUGGGAAAUCAGUGUGGGAAGGGAGAAACAGUGGCUUGCAGGGGUCUCUAGAAAGUCGGUGAAGAGAAAGGGUGACAUUGCCUAUGGUCCUGAGGGAGGGAUCUGGGCUAUAGGGAAGUGGGGAGGUCAGUACAAGGCUACCAACCAUCCUUGCUACCCAGCUUUGUCUUCAAACAGAGAACUGAAGAAGAUCCGAGUGUCUCUGAACUGUCCUGGGGGGCAGGUGGCCUUUUAUGAUGCUGAUACCGGAGAACAUCUCUACACAUUCUCUGGAGCCUCAUUCAUGGGAGAGACCCUUCUUCCUUUCUUUAAUGUGCAUGGAGAAGGGCAUCUGCUAAUUUGUCCUUAAGGCAGCCAAAGAAGCUGACCACAAAGCCACUGAAUCCUGCAAGAUGGAUUAAUGCUUUGGGUUCAUCUCUGAUAAGGGCCCAAAGCAGUACUUUAGUUGUAAAGUUGGGGUUUCUUCAUUCAUCUAGGUACAUAACAGAUUGAAAACCUCCAUGGCAGCUGUGGGGUGCCAGGCGGCCAUUUUAUUCUGCAUGCUAUUUAAUUGUGUCUGAAUCCACUGGGUGAAGCCAUUAGGGGUUUGGGGGUAGAUGCCACCAGUAUGCUGAAGACACUCCGUUCUACUUCUCUUGGUCAUUGGAAUCAGUUGGGGCUUUGCAGAAGCUGGAGCAGUCUUUGGAUGCUAUCAUGGACUAAAUGUGGGCCAGUAUAUUAAAUCUAAACCUCAGUAAAGCAGAUGUUGUGUCUGGAUUGCUGGUUUUCACGUCUGGCAAUUGGGUAAAUAGCCUAUCCUGAAGGCUAUGGCUCCUCAUUGAAGGAAUGGCUUAGGAAAAUGCAUGGAUCUCUCACUGAAGGCCCAAGUGGAUCCCAUGGCCCAGAGUCUCCUUUGGCUGGUCCAGCAGCUGUGGCCUUUCCAGGAUAGGAACACCUGGCCACAUCAGCUCAUGUAAUGGUGGCAGAUAUACAAUAUACAGUUGUUUCAAUUGCAUAUUCUUAGACUUUAUGACAAUCUGAGGUGGAAACAGUUUGAAGAAAAGUUCUUGUUUGUUGCUCUGUUUCUCCAGUUCUUGAAUGUUGUUGUUUCUUCUCAGAGCAAUUCUGAGACUAAGAAGAAAACAGAACUAUUUUAUUCCUACCUAAAAGAUGGUUCUUUUUGUUUUAGGUUAAAUUGCAGUGAAAAGUUCAGUUCUUCAAACAGUCCUGAUAGUGUCCCAGGAAACCAUAGUAUACCAGAUCAGGGAGUGAAUGCUGUCUAUGGUGCCAGACACUUAGAUUAUUAGUGUUGGCUUGUUCAAAGGGGAUGUUGAAGGCAUUGGAGCUAGAGCUAGAGCUCUAUGUUAAAGCCCAAUCUAGAAAAAAAGAUCAGUUCUAGGACAGGUUUCCUUUAACUUUUGGUGGCGUUACCAAGUUGCUUGAGAAAUAUUUGACUGGGGCUGCACUUGCCCCAUAGUCAAGGGAAGAGCAGGUCAUGGCAGUGGACAAGCUCCAUGCGUAGGAGAGCUCUUCUCACCCUAUUAUCACUACAGACAGUGCUAUGGCUGAUAGACUGGGCCCUACCUGAGAGCAUUCUUAGGCAGGCUGGGACAUUUAAGGGAAUACCCUUGAGAGAUUUAAAAGUAUUUUUUUUUUCUAUCAAGUGAACCAGAGUGCAGCCAUAUUAUUUCCAGGAUCCCCAAGUUAGAAUGACAGCCUUGUCCUCCUUGGAGAAGAAGGCAUUUGCUGAUUCUGACUAUGUAUUUUGCAGUGAAACAAUGAUUGCCAGCCUUUCCCAUUUCAGGCCAACUUGCUAGCGCAUGGGUACUAAAACUUGCAAUAUUGAUGAACGUGCCACUGUUGACUGUUAACAAAUAUACCUUUAAGUGUGGAUCUUUUGAGAAUAAAAGCAUGGGAAAACUGGAAAUGUAUGUGCAUGCCACGUAAUGGUUAAGCUCGUCUUUAAGCGAGGUUGUAAAGUUUCUGUUCUAACCAAUAAAGUUGUUCCUCUGUGGUCAUGA